CAAAUAUUAAAUGUUCAUAGCUCAGUAAUUGAGCUCGAUAAUCAAAAUACUUGGCGCAAUUACGUGUCAAAUUGGAACAGCCAAAAGCUCUGAAGGUAAACUCGUAGAUAGCCUGCAAUAAGCAGUGAUCAAUUUACUACACCAAUCGUGUACAGAAGAACAAUUUAACCAGAAUUAUAAUUCUUUAUUCGGGUCUCGCUUCUCCACCAGAAUUCAACGAAUCUUCACCUAAUUUCCUUCAAGCACGAUUGAUAUUUAUGCUAGCUACACUAUGGGGUCCACAAGUGGAUUGGCAAGUGCACAAGCAAAGCAGCCUCUUUUCUCCUUUGGCGUUAUCUCUGAUGUCCAAUAUGCUGAUAUUCCUGACGGUUACUCAUUCCUUGGUAUUCCCCGAUAUUAUCAACAUAGCAUUCAUGUCUUGCAAAGAGCUGUACAAAAAUGGAACAGCCACGGGAAGAUUAAGUUUGUAAUUAACUUUGGUGAUAUUGUUGACGGCAAGUGCCCCCUAGAUGAAUCUAUAAAUGCUGUUAAGAAAGUAACCAGUGAAUUUCAGAAGUUCAAUGGCCCAGUCUAUCACUUGAUCGGUAAUCACUGCCUCUACAACCUUCCCCGUGAAAAAUUACUGCCACUGUUGCAGAUUUCAAGUCCUGAUGGCCAUGCUUACUAUGAUUUUUCACCAAGUCCAGAAUAUAGAAUCGUUAUUCUUGAUGGCUAUGAUAUCAGCACCAUUGGAUGGCCUCAAGAUAAUCCUAAAACAUCACAGGCGUUGGAAUUUCUCAAGAAGAAGAACCCAAAUUCAGAUAAGAACAGCCCAGAGGGAAUGGUUGGCCUGGAGAGGAGGUUCCUCAUGUUCAAUGGAGCUGUUGGGAGAGAACAAAUGGAGUGGUUGGAUAGCAUACUUCAGGAUGCAACAAAGUUAAAGCAGAAAGUGGUCGUUUGCUGCCAUUUGCCUUUAGAUCCUGGUGUAUCGUGUCCAGAAGCACUUCUCUGGAACUAUGAGGAAGUAAUGAAUGUGAUACACCAGUAUAAUUGUGUGAAAGUUUGCUUAUCUGGACAUGAUCACAAAGGCGGGCAUUCAAUUGAUUCCCAUGGGGUACACCAUAGAUCCUUUGAAGCAGCACUGGAAUGUCCUCCUGGUACAGAUGCCUAUGGAUGCAUUGAUGUUUACGACGAUAGGUGGGUGCUUUUUGGUACUGAUAGACUGGAGAGCACUGACAUGCGCUUUGAUCCUUGAGCAAACUUCGGACAGCGCUUACUGAUUCUUUAGCAUUAGCUGUUUGAGUGUAAAUUUAUCUACAGCACAGGCCUCUAAAGUAAAUCUCAUAAGCAUGGAUUAUUUGAGAAGCAUGCGGCACCAUUUUUAACUGGCAAAAGAUGUAUGAAUGGAAUAGCCAUUGGCUCAGAAUCCACAUUGCAAUGCAUAUACGCAUUCAUGGGGUAUCUUGUUGUGUAAAGCUCCAGUACUGCUUGUAUUCAUCCAUUCAAGGCAUCUUUUUGUCGUGCAUGCUCAACAGCGUCUAUGAUCUUUCACAAUAAAAGUGCAUUGUCUUUUAAUUUGGUUCCUUUCGCUUAUCCCCCUAUCAAUCAUAAAGACUUGUUUUCAAUAAAAUGUUAUGUAUUUUUAUAUUUUGUCC